AUGGGCUCAAUGAACGGUGGAGAUUCCAUGAUGACCACAAAGCAACCCACAUGGUACAAGUCACACACUACCCCAUUUGAAGUUUUCUCCAUCAUGCUUCAUGUUGCAACUUUCCCAUGCCUUCCCAAGAAAAGAAGAGUUCUCUUACUUGAAGAAACGUCUCUCACACCUUCAUCAAACACCUUCUCCAUCACCAAUGCCGUCAUCAUCUUCACCGUUAAAACUUCAAUCGGACUUUAUGGGGUUUUUGCCAGACAUCAGAUGAUGAAUCAAUCCAAAUCACCAUUCCGACGGGAGCUCCAUUUGACCGGUUUUAGAAACCGUUCAUUUUGGACGGAAAACGGGCGGCGAACGUACAACCUGAAGAAAGUGGGCCAUUUAUCCGUCAUCAUGGAGGAUUUGAGUCCACUCGCUGCGGAUUGCGUGGUCAUAUGUUGUUGUGGGCCAUGUUUGAUCAUGCAAAUCACUGUUCUUCUAUUCCUAAGACUUCCUUACAAAUUAGCAAGGAAGUCCAAGGAACUUGUGCUGAAGAAACUUCACAAGCGAGAGAAAGUGGUUGAGAUCACACGAGCAGGUGAAUCAUGGAGACAAGAUUACUUAGAAAUUGAAAUCGAAUGCGGUGGGCCUUUCGACUCCUGCCGUGGUCACAUGUGUGGUGUGAUGGACGUUGAUGAUGUGCGGUUCGGAUUACCGGAAUGCGGCUACAAGUGUGCAAUAUUGGAGGCUGAUAAGGUGUGGGAGGAAUUAUCCGAUAUUGGUGAAUUUGGGUUCGGUAGCUUCUGGCGUAGGAAGGAACAGAUCCAAAGGUGGCCCCACUUAGUAUGAUCAAGUGGGCCAUUUGAGAAUGAUCAAGGGAUGACACGCUUCCUUUUCUUUUACUUUCGGUGCUUGCACCAACCCAUUGUACUUGAACUUUCACAUGCAACAAAGAUCGUGUUUCCAAGCCCUGUGCCUAUGGGACGUCCGAGGCGUGCCUAAGUGGGCCACACUCACAUCUAGCCUGCUUGAU